AUGCUAAAUAUAUUCAAAUACUGUUUAUUCCUCCUCCUGAUAAACUCCUCUUUUGCCUAUAAAACUUUCAAAGACGUAAUAGUGGCUGAUGAUUCAAAUUUUGAAGACCUAAUCCAUGAAAAGGGAAAAUACACAUUUAUAAAUUUCUAUUCAAAACAAUGUAUUCAUUGUCAAAAAUUAGCUCCAAAUUUUCAAAUUUUAACUCAAUUAUUCAACAACACCAAGAUCCAAAUUGCUCAAUUAGAAGGUCGUGAAAAUAAAAGAAUUAGGAAAAAAGAAUCAAUCGCAGGUUUCCCCACAUUAAGAUUAUACGCUUUUGAUGGUACUCAUCUUGGUUCUUAUAAUGGUGAUCGUUCAAUUGAAGAUAUGGCUGAUUUUGUAAAUUCUCAUACUGGUGUCGUACCAAAUUGGCCUGAUUUGAAAGUUUUGCAAAUUUCAUCAAAAUUAGAAUUGGAUGAAAUUGUUACAAUGGAAGAUAAUGUUGUAUUAGCAUUCAUUGCACCUUGGCUAGAAAAUUGGGUCGGUAAAUAUUCAUUUAUUGAAAGAUUAGCUUCAAAAUUAUCAAAUGUUAGAUUCAUAAAAGUUGAUGCAACAAGUGAAGAAGCUACUGAAUUGACAAGUUUAUAUAAAAUUGAUAAAUUCCCAACUAUUUUACAUUUUAAUUCUCAUGAUUCUUUAACAAAUUUUAGAAUACUAGAGAUUAAUAAAGAUAUUGAUAUUAUUGAUGGACCAACUAUUGAAGAAUUUUUAAAUAAUCAAAUUGGUCAAGCUUAUGAUUCAAUUGAAAAUUUGGAAAUUGUUAAAGGUGAGGAUGCUGAACAACAAGAUGUUCAAUUGAAAAGGGGUUUUAAUUUCGAUGUCCAGAAGAAAACUACUCCAGAGCAAGAAGAGGAGGCUUAUAAAAGAUUAAGAGAAUUGUGA